AUGGUAGCUUCACGUGAGAAGAAGUAUAAAUGCCGAAAGUGUAGCAAUACAUUCAUAACAUCAGUUGCUCUGAAACUUCACACGAGUACUGCUCAUAACACAGACGCUGGUGGCAUAUGCGAAAAGGUCUUUGGAGUACCGCUCAAAGGCUUCUUUUUCAUCUGCCGUAAUUGUUGUGCUGUGUUUGAGAGCCAACAGCAGUUCAAAUCGCAUCGGGUUUCUCACGGUCCUACUGGUUCGAUUUCAUGUGGAGAAUGUUCUGCAAUUGCGUACAAUACGCCACUUUAUGAACACCAUCGUAAAGCGCAUGCUACCCCGGAUAGGUUGUUUUACGGAUGCAGUCAAUGCAGCAUUAUGUUCCGUACGGACUCGCGUCUGAUGUUUCAUUUGCGUGAGGCCCACGGUGUUCCACUCUUUUUCUUCUGCAAAGCAUGUCACCUGGGUGGUCCACAUGAGCGUACGAUUUACGCCCAUGUUGCUGUUAAAUCUCACAGAUGUCGUCAGUUUGCCGAGCAGAAAAAUUGGAGUCACACUGCAACAAUUGGAGUGUGUCCAAUGAAUGUCCUCCAUUACCAGCCGAAGAAUCCAGUAUCUCAUGAGUUGGUGCUACAACGGGGAUCGGAGCUGGCCAUGACACUUGAUAAUGGAACAGAGUUUCCUUUCACUGGUAUUUACGACCAGAUUCCAAACGAAGGCUCAUCGGUUGCUCCUAGUCGUGCUAUCGCACCAAGACCGAUAUCAAUGGAUGCUCCUCCCUGUGUUGGCGGCCUUACUAAUAGUAUGAGAAAUACGUCAGAUACUUCUUGCUCUUCGACUUCAUGGCUACCUGUGCGAUCCCAUCAACAUUCAUCUUCUAGUUCACAACAAAUUGCUGCAGUGUCGUCACUGUCAAAUGGUAGAGGUACAACUCCCCUCAAACGUCGUACACCUGCGAUUAACUCAGAUGUAAUAACGUUGAGUGACGAUGAACCUGGUCCAUCAACUGCUAAGCGGCCACCUAUGCAAAUAUGUCGUACACUAAUGCCAACACCUCAGAUUCAGUCACUGCAUGAAUUGCAUACGAACGGAAUGAAAUGGUUUUGCCUAGACUGUGCGACUGCACAUAUGGACGAAAUAGAGGCAGUGAAGCACUAUUUCAGUGUACAUGUGAAAGUUGCUGAACAAAAAGCUCUCGCGAAAGGAAUGUUGUUUCGACCAAUUCAUUACCAACUCCAAUGUCCAUUUCCGAAAUGUCGUCUGCCAUUAAGCACGCUUACGAAUCUUCGACUUCAUCUCAAUAACAGACAUAGAGCAGAGACGACUUCGUCUUCGACCGAGAAGCUGUCCCUAGAGGGAUCGCUGAGGUGUGCCAUAUGGAAGUUUGUAGAUUACACAUCUCUUAACACAUUCGCGACGGCUCCUGAUUUGUUGUGA